AAAACCUGAAACGUGCGCGAAAGCAAUAUGAUGUUGUUAAAGCUAUUUAUAUCUCUGCUCCUAGUGCAGUAUUCGAUCGCCAUUUGUGAUGUGUGUCAGUCUGGAAAGGCAGCUUGUCAUAGUAAAAACACCUAUUCGAUAUGCAUUGCUGGUGUACCAACAUUGAAUUUUAUAACAUGCCCAGCUGGGUAUACGUGCACUGGAGAGAAGUUCAUCUGUUAUCCAGAGUCUAAGGGCUACCAGCCGAUCUGUAAUCCCCCUGACGACGGCUUAACGACACAAGCAAGCACAAUCCCAACAACUACUACAACCUCAACAGCUCCAACAACUACUACAACUCCAAUAACUACUGCAACCCCAAGAACUACUUCCACUCCAACAACUACUACAACACAAACAACUACAACUACUUCAUCUCCAAUAACUACUACAACCCUAAGAACUUCUACAACUCCAAUAACUACUACAGCCUCAACAACUACAACAGAAGAUACAAGUUCUGAAACGUUUUGCCAAAAAUAUGGCAAUGGCAAUUAUGUUAACGAAAAUGAUUCCAGUUGUAAAACGUUUCUACGGUGCUAUCGUGGAAGGGAAACUAUAACCGAUUGCCAGCCAGUUAAUAAUAUAGAAACCUAUUUUAAUGGAGACCAAUGUACGACUACGAAACCAGAUUAUUGUACAUAGAAAUGCACUUGACUGAAUAUAACCGAAA